AUGGAGCAGCACCACAUGGGCUGUGUGAACCURAGUAGUCUCACGAGCACUCUACCGGUGAUCCACUAUCAAAAGCUGACGGACUUGCAUUACCUGAGCAAAGGUGGGUUCGGAAGCGUGUUCAAGGCACAGCAUUCCGAUUGGCGGACCACAGUUUCCAUCAAGUGCCUGAAAUUGGAUUCUCCUGUUGGUGAAAGGGAGAGGAAUUGCCUGCUGAAGGAGGCGGAAGUGCUCCAAAAGGCCAGAUUCAACUACAUCAUCCAGAUCUUUGGCGUGUGCAAUGAGCCUGAGUUCUUCUGCAUCGUCACCGAGUACAUGAGCAAUGGCUCUCUGGAUCAGCUGCUUCACAAGAAUAACCUUUACCCCCUGCUGGCCUGGUCGUUGAGGCUGCGUGUCCUGUACGAGAUAGCUCUGGGGGUGAACUUCCUACACAACAUGACCCCACCCCUCCUGCACCACGACCUCAAGACACAGAACAUUCUGCUGGAUGGAGAGUUUCAUAUCAAGAUAGCAGACUUUGGCAUGUCUAAAUGGCGCCAGCUGUCGAUCAGUAAAGGCUCGGGAUCCAAGCCACCUGAGAUGGGGGGCACCAUCAUCUACAUGCCCCCAGAGGAGUACGAACCCUCCAAYAGCCGCUCUGCAGUCGUCAAACACGACAUCUACAGUUACGCUAUCAUUAUGUGGGAGGUGCUGUCCAGGAGGAUACCAUUUGAAGAGGCGACCAACCCCAUGCAGGUCAUGUUCAGCGUACUGCGUGGGAUACGUCCCGACAUAGGCCUGGACUACCUGCCAGGGGACAUCCCCAGCAGGGAGACACUCAUCAACCUCAUGAUCUGCGGCUGGACCGCCAACCCUGACGAACGGCCCUGCUUUCUCAUGUGUGUGAUAAAGCUGGAGCCAAUGCUGAGCAGGUUUGAUGAAAUCGACAUCCUGGAGGCCGUGCUGGAGGUCAAGAAGUCAAAGGUCAGUCAGUGCGACACUGCACAGGACACAGUUGUGAGAGCCAUAAGAGGGAAACGUAUUCUGAAAGCAGUCAAUGCACUACAAAGCACCCCCACACCUCCUCCCCCAUGCUUCACGGGAAGCUCUGGCUCUGGGUCUUGCUCCUCCCAGGACACGGACAUCUUCCGACCGAGCUCCCUCACUAGCACCAAUGCCCCACCUUUUAAAGAAGUAUCCCCCACGUCGUUCAUGUUCCACAACCUGGAGCCCCUCAGAAAGCAGACCCCAGAGGACAACAACCUCAACGACUACCCCCAGAGUGCCAGGCCCCUGAAUAACCUCAAUAUUCCCCUCAAACCAGGCCUGCCUGAGACGGAGUGUGUGACGCACCUGGACAACCUCACCCUGAAGUCACAGCCAUACCAACCACAGCCAGGUUUCAUCCUGCCAUCGAACCCCCUCGGCCCCAGGCUGGGCCCCAUGGCCUGCUGGAUCACGGCACGGCGCGAGGAAAUUGUCUCCAAGAUGACGGAGGCCUGCCUGAACCAGAGCCUGGACGCCCUGCUUGCGUGCUCUCUCCUGAUGCGUGAGGACUACGAGCUGGUGGUGAACCGGGCCACGCACACUGCCAAGGUCCGCCAGCUCCUUGACACCUGCCACCGUCACAGCGAGGACUUCUGCUGCGUGGUGGUCCGCAAACUCAAGGACAACAAGCAACUGGGCCUGCAGCCAUACGCCCCAGAGCUCAGCUCCCUUGUGGCCGCGCCAAACACCAGCGCACCCCCACUCUCGGUCUCCUACAACAACCCAAGGAAUUACCAGGACAGAACUAGUCCAGAGAAGACCAGAGACCAGGAAGACUAUAAACUGUAAAAGACUUAGCUCAUUGAGCUACUGUAGGUGGUGGAAAAAUACCCUACUGUCUUUUAGUCCUGGGUCAUUUUCAUUGGGUAACAAAUGGAAGAAAAACUAACUUAAAUGGGAAUGGACACCCUGAAUGUUUUCCUUUGCACAAUCUUUUUGAAACUUUUUGCUACAGUGUGCCCUAAUGAAUAUGACCCUGGGUUUUGACUGUGAACUUUGACCUUAGUGGGGGAUGGUAAAGCCCAGCUGUGUCUCACAUUGUUCAUGAUGGUACCUACUUUCCUGCCCACUCAUACAGAGCAAUACUGUAUGUUGCUACUGUUCAUCAAACUGUUGAGCAAAAAACGACCUUUUGAAAAACAAAACCAUAUCAUCUUCACAAAAAUUCCCGUUCUCUAAAAAGCAGAGGAUGGGUUGGGAUUAACAAUCAAAAUCCCUUAGUAUUUAAUCCAGGCUUUGAAUAAUUUAUAUUAUGGAUUGUAUGUCUUUUGUCUGGUAAAUAAUUUGGUUCUCUCAAAACAUUCCCUUUGUUCGGAGUGAUUGGGGUACAGGCCCUGAGUUUGAGUUCUGCUUCUAUGCAUCUUUCUGUUCUUUCCCCUCUGCACUGUUUUAUCCAGAGAAAUAUAUCCAGACAGACUGUAACAUCAUACUCACCUACAGUAUGGCUCUGCUUUUACUCUUAUUUUGAGUGGACAGUUUAGACUCAUCUGUAGCUCUCCAGGUCCGAUAAGAUACUCGACUGGAGUUCUGCCGUGUUGAGGUUACUGUAGUCUCACAACUGGAUCAACCCCCAUUCCCUUUUGUUUGUCAAAAAAAUUGCACUUAUGUCAUUGUAUUUUGGAUAUUUCUUUACCACUGCCUUUCAAAGCCAUUUUUUUUAUUUCUCUUAUAGACUGUGCACUUUCUGUUCAUAGGAGCUUUAGUUGACAUAGGAUGGGCCAAAGCUGUUGAGGCCUUAUCAUUUAUAUAAUAUGUACAUCCCCAUAACAUUUAUUUAGAAUGUAGUCAGUGGAUUAAUCCUUGACCUUUUGUCUUGACACGUUUACAUAUGGGGACAGACGAAUGACACUGAAGGAGGAAAAUAAGAUAAGGUAGUUAAUGUAGAUCAGAAUUUACCAGGCAAUUUACAGGUAACUGCCAAAAUAAAGGAAACUCUUUAGUAAAUGAGAGAUACAAAGGAUAUUGAAAGCAGGUGCUUCCGCACAGGUGUGGUUCCUGAGUUAAUUAAGCAAUUGACAUCCCAUCAUGCUUAGGGAAAUGUAAAAAAAAAAAAAAUGUGCAGUUGUCCAUUAUUUUUGGCUACCACGGCUAGAUGAUGGCUCAGUGACUUUGAAGGGACUACUCCAUAGCACAGUGACUUUUAAAGAGGGGUCUCAAAGGAGCACAGGGGUUUUAAAGUGUGUGUGUGUUUUGAAUAUUUAUGGUAGAUUCUGGAGUGGCGCCUGAGACGGUGUUUUCCACCAUCAACAACGCACCCUAUUAUGGAAUUUCUCAUGGAAGAAUGGUGUCGCAUCCCUCCAAUAGAGUUCCAGACACUUGUAGAAUCUAUGCCAAUUCGGAUUGGAGCUGAUCUGGCAGCUCGCAGUGGCCCGAUGCCCUAUUAAGACACUUUGUUGGUGUUUCCUUUAUUUUGGUAGAUCUAUCUGUAUCUAUUUUGGUACUCUCCUUGGCUCUGAUGGUCUAUAUUAUGGGCUGUUUUUGUAUGCAUGUUUCUUCUAUAAAGGAGGUCAUGGCCCAUAGCUUGUUACAGUGUCUGUUUGCGAUACAUGUUUUGGUACCAACGAGUGAAUGGCUAGAGCAGGCUUGCCAAUUGCUAUGCAAAAUAUAAACUCAGCAAAAAAAGAAAUGUCCCUUUUUCAGGACCCUGUCUUUCAAAUAUAAUUCGU